UCUCUGUACCACAGCUUUCUGCAAGCGCUGCCUGGAUUUAUUGUGGCUUUGAGCAGAGACGGAAAGCUGGUCUACGUGUCUGAAAACGUGCAGGAGUAUCUCGGCCUGUCCAUGGUGGAUGUGCUUCAGGGAGACUCGUUCUAUGAUAUGACGGACGGUCGUGACGCAGAAGCGGUGAGAGUGAUUUUGAGAGAGCAGGACGUCUCAGCAGAGCGCAGCUUCGUGUGCCGCAUGCACAGCUCCAGAGCGCUCCGGCUCCAGAACGCCGCCGGCUGCUCCAUGCUGGUGAGGGGCCGAUUCCAGGCCGGCCCGCUGGACGCCGCUCUGUUUGUGGCCCUCUGCUCACCCACAGUCGACAGAGUGAAGGACAGCGAGCUCCUGAGGGCCUCCUCCUGCUUCCAGACGCUCCACAGAUCGGACAUGAGGCUCCAGCACGCCCCCUGCAGCGUCUUGUUCCACCUGGGUUUCUCAGCAGAGGAGCUGAUCGGUCGAUCGUGGUAUGAACUCCUGCAUCCGGAUGAUCUGGCGCUCGCCGCCGGCUGCCAUCGCACACUCACUGGAGCUGAUGGCGGUGCGAGUGCAGAGAUGCUGGUCCGACUGCAGCGGCACGAUCAGUCGUGGAUCUGGCUGUACGUCCGUGCGACUCUGGACCGAGCCAGAGACGUGAUCGUCUGCACAAACCUCGCCGUCAGUGAAGCGGAGGCCGUCUAUCUCCGAGACAAACUGUACAGCGCUGCGCAGACGUCUCAGCCGGCUUGUGUCCCGAGAGACUGCGAUCAGCUCCGGAGGAGCUCAGAGACCAGCGCUGACUCGCUGCCGCUCUUCUUCUGCACCCCGCCCUACAGCCCCAAUUCCUCCCACUGCUCCUCUGACUUCCUGUCCGAGGGGUCCGGCGCACUCUGUCCACCUCAGCCGUCCUCUGACCCGAUCUCUGACCUGUUCUCUCCUGCGCUCUGUCCGGCUGACGCUCACCUGGUCCCGGUGUACGGCACCUGCGAGGCUCUGGAGGACUUCGGUGUGUUUGUGACGCCGGAGCCCUCGCCCCCUGCUGAGGGGCCCUUGCUGUACAGCGAGACGGAGCAGGCGGAGAUCGGGACGCUGGCCCGGCAGAUCUGCUCUCUGGCCAGCAGCUUCGAUGCUUACAGCAGGACAGGGCCCGAUCCGGCCCCUGGGGCCCUCUGCUGGCCAGAGCCGCUGCUGGAGCCCGUCAUCCACUGCAUUCUCACAGACUGGGGCCGCUCCCACGCUUUGACCACCAGCCCACGAGCUCAAGGCCCUGACCCACGCUAG